AUGUCCUCCCCUCCUUACAAUGCCCUCACGCUCUACACGGCAGGGACGCCCAAUGGCUUGAAACCCACCAUCGUGAUGGAGGAACUGGGUCUCAAAUACGAUGUCCACGCCAUCAACAUCAUGACCAAUGAACAAAAAGAAUCGUGGUACCUCGAAAUCAACCCCAACGGCCGCAUCCCCGCGCUCAAGGACGGUGACUUGCGAGUCUUUGAAAGCGGCGCCAUCAUGUUGUACUUGACCGAUCUGUACGACAAGGAGAAGAAGUUCACGUACGACUACGGCAGCGGACUUUACUAUGAGAUGAUGAGCUGGUUGAUGUUUCAAAUGGGCGGCAUUGGACCCAUGCAAGGACAAGCCAACCACUUCCGCGCCAUGGCACCCGUGUAUUCCGCCUACGGCAUCAAACGCUACCUCGACGAGACCAAGCGCCUGUAUGGCGUGCUAGAAAUCCGCCUCUCAAAGGCCGACUGGCUGGCCGGCGACAAAUACACCAUCGCCGACAUGGCCAACUUCGCCUGGGUGCGAGCGGGACCUUUGUUCUUGGACAUCGAUAUGACCGAGUUCCCCGGCGUGGACAAGUGGUUGAAGCGCAUCGACGAGAGGCCCGCGGUCCAAAAGGCCAGAAAGAUCCCCGACUCGAAUCGCAGUGAUGACGAGUUGAAGAAGAUGAUCGCGAACAUGAAGGCCAGGGUGGACGGGUUGAAGGGCACGGAGAAGGAUGAGCUCUGA